AUGCAGGCUCGAGCAUGGAGAAAAAAAAAUAAAAUCAAGGUUUCCGGCACUGAUAUUCCGUUUCCAUUUCAAAGUUUUACAGAUUUGUGCGAUAGAUUUAAGCUUCGAUCAUAUCUUAGACGCAAUCUUCUCGAUUCAGAUUAUUUGAAACCCACUUCUGUUCAAAUGCAAGCAAUACCCAUCAUGCUGCAUAAUCGAGAAGUCAUGGCUUGUGCGCCAACAGGUUCUGGUAAAACAUUGGCAUUCCUACUGCCUAUUUUACACGAUCUUAAAGGACCGACAAAGGAAGGAUUUCGUGCAUUGAUUAUAGCACCAACCCGCGAGCUUGCACAACAAACGUACCGAGAGCUCAAGAAACUAAGUGUUGGAAAACCCUUCAAAACUUGCGUUCUUACAAAAGCAACCAACGCAACUAAUCCUGAUGUGUCCUCCACUCUUAAAAACUUUGACAUUCUUAUCAGUACACCACUUCGAUUGGUUACUGCCAUCAAGGAAAACGCGAUUCAAUUAGACAAGCAAGUUUAUCGAAUUUUAGUAAGACAUUUGGUUCUUGACGAAGCAGAUAAAUUGCUUGAGCUCGGCUUUUUAGAGCAAGUAGAUGAAAUUUUUGCCGCUUGUAGCUCAACUACACUUCAAAAAUCUCUUUUUAGUGCAACAAUGCCAUCUGGCAUUGAGCAGCUUGCACGAACAAUUAUGAAGGAUCCUAUUCGAAUUAUUGUUGGCUGCAAAGAAGGUGCAACUGAAACGAUCAAUCAGAAACUAAUGUUUGUUGGACAAGAAGAAGGAAAACUAAUUGCUAUGCGACAACUGAUUCAAGAAGGCCUGCGACCUCCUGUUCUUAUUUUUGUACAAUCUAUUGACCGUGCAAAAGAGCUUUUUCAUGAGCUGGUGUAUGAUGGUAUUAAUGUCGAUGUUAUGCAUUCCGAGCGUACACAAACACAGCGUGAUACUAUUAUUAAGAAUUUCCGAUGUGGAAAAAUCUGGGUAUUGAUUGCUACCGAGCUUAUGGCUCGUGGUAUCGAUUUCAAAGGUGUUAAUCUAGUAAUCAACUAUGAUUUUCCUCAAACAGUUCAAAGUUAUGUACAUCGUAUUGGUCGAACUGGUCGUGCUGGUAGAACAGGGGAGGCUAUUACAUAUUUUACCAAAGAAGAUGCACCAUAUUUGAAAAAUAUUGUCAAUGUUAUGAAAACAUCAGGAUGUGAUGUUCCAGAGUGGAUGCUCAAGCUAAAAAAUCCAUCCACUAAUAUGAAGAGAGACCUGCGUGGCCGACCUUUGAAGCGUGAGCAGAUCAAAACUGUAUCGUCAUACGAUGAACGCAUAUCUAAACGAAAGCACAGUAUGAUUGAAGGAUCCCAACGUCGAAAGCAGCAUCGUAAACAGGACACUACAGCUCAGGCUGUUGAAACAAUCGAGUCAUGA